UUUGAGGGCUUGGGAGACUCACACCCUGCACACAGAGCCCCCCCACCUCCGGUGCUCAGCUUGACUCCAGACUUUAAUCCAAACAGUAAGGACAAAGGCCGAGGAGGAGAGGGGGGAUGCUGUUCCCCCACGGGGUCCUGUGGCUCUCUAAGCCCCAACUCCUUCUCAUCUCUGUCUGCAGAGCCUUGUUCAAACCCACAGAAAAAAAAGCACCUUCUGGGGGCUGUUGUGUUACCAACCAUGAGUGAGGCUCCGUGCUGUCCCACGGGAGCCGCCUUCCCACGGGAGCCAUGGAGCUGGGGCUCACUCCCAGGGUUAUUCGACCUAAGCAUUCUGGCUCUUUCCUAUCCUUUGCUGCCUCAAAAAGAGCCUGCCCUGCUCGGCUCUGCCGCAAACCCCAAGACCCAGCCUACGCACAUCCCUCUGGACUGGCCUCGUGGUCAGAGCCAGAAGUGUCUGGAACAAUGUUUGGGCUGCUGGGGGCCUCUGAGCUGCCUUCCACCUGAACCCUUGGCCUCUUCAAGACUGGCCGGGAACCAGCAGGAGGCCAAGUCCCAGUGCCGGCUCCAUACCCCUCCCACUUUGGACCUACAAGACCUUCAGCUCAGAGAGCAGUUCUGCCCUCACCACACCACAGCCGUUCUGCGUUCUAAGCCGCAGCACGCAGACGUCAGGAGGCCACGAUCCAGAGAAGUCGGGGAAGGAAGCUACACUCUGGACCCUGACGUGGCAGCAUGGAGCUGGUCCAGGACACCUCCCGCCCGCCACUGGAGCACAUGAAGGGGAUCCCUCUCAUCAAGUACUUUGCAGAGGGGCUGGGGCCUCUGCAGAGCUUCCAGGCCUGGCCCAGUGACCUGCUCAUCAGCACCUACCCCAAAUCCGGCACCACCUGGGUAAGCGAGAUCCUGGACCUGAUCUACCAAGGUGGCGACCUGGAGAAGUGUCAAAGAGCCCCCAUCUUCGUCCGGGUGCCCUUCCUUGAGUUCAGGGUCCCUGGCUUUCCCACAGGUGCUGAGCUUCUGGAAGAUACACCAGCCCCACGGCUGAUCAAGACACACUUGCCCCUGGCUCUGCUUCCACCGACGCUGCUGGAUCAGAAGGUCAAGGUGGUCUACGUCGCCCGCAAUGCAAAGGAUGUGGCCGUCUCCUAUUACCACUUCUACCGCAUGGCCAAGGUGCACCCUGACCCUGGCACCUGGGACAGCUUCCUGGAGAAGUUCAUGGCUGGGGAAGUGUCCUACGGGUCCUGGUACCAGCACGUGCAGGAGUGGUGGGAGCUGAGUCACACCCACCCUGUUCUCUACCUCUUCUAUGAGGACAUAAAGCAGAACCCCAAAAGGGAGAUUCAGAAGAUCCUGGAGUUCGUGGGGCGCUCUCUGCCAGAGGAGACCGUGGAUCACAUCGUCCAGCACACGUCUUUCAAGGAGAUGAAGAAGAACCCCAUGACCAACUACAGCACCAUACCCACCAAAGUCAUGGACCACAGCAUCUCUGCCUUCAUGAGGAAAGGCAUCACUGGGGACUGGAAAUCCACCUUCACUGUGGCCCAGAAUGAGCGCUUUGAAGCUGACUAUGCUGCGAAGAUGGCAGGCUGCCACCUCCACUUCCGCUGGGAGCUGAGUGGUGCUCAUCAGGGUGAGCGUGAGACAGGCCUCGACAAUAAAAUCUGAUGUGUGUGAACACAGCCUCUGCUGGAAGCAAAGGACGAACCCGAGCCAAAAGGGUGCAUGCCCACUGGGACCAAGUGAGGCCGUCUUCCCUGGUGGCCUCCAGCUCGCCCUAGUUGGGCGGGAAGGAAGGGUCUGGAAAAGUAAAACCCAGGAGACAUGGACAAGGGAGGAGGAAUAUUUAUUCGAUCACAGAAUCUUGUGUGCAUCCCCUUCGAGGGUGUCAGGAGGUUGCGAGGCCGCGAGGCCGCUUCACUUUUUCUUGGGCUCCUUACAAGCCACCACGUACCGCUGGGCCACAUUGAGGGGAGGCGAGUAACCAUCUGCAUAGGAGGUGUCUUCAAACAGGACCGAAUAGUCAUCCUGGGGCUGCAGUAGGGGGCAGACGGGAGUGACUGGUCAGAGACCUCCAGGCGAGGCCCCCCCAAACCUAGACAGACAGGAACCUCUGGCUCGUGGGCCCCCAGCCUCUCCUGUCCUCGUAGUCACUCAGGAAGUCUAGAUGUUUGAACCCAGUCCCUGUUACUACAGAGCUCUUUCCUCAACAACAAAGGGCCAAGGGUAAGGGAUGAAGAGCAGGGAGAAGGGAGACUUGCCAUCUACGUGGAUGGGCCAUAACUGGAGGGUCUGGUACCAGGGAGCCCGUGUUAAAGGGAUCAAAGACAGCCUAGAGGGGGACUUCCCUGGUGGCAGAGCGAUUAGGAAUCCGCCUGCCGGUGCAGGGGACACGGGUUCGAUCCCUGGUUCCGGAAGAUCCCACAUGCCUCGGAGCAAGCAAGCCCGUGCGCCACAGCUACUGAAGCCCGCGUGCCUAGAGCCCGUGCUCUGCAACAAGAGAAGCCACCGCAAUGAGAAGCCCACGCACUGCAACGAAGAGUAGCCCCCGCUCGCUGCAACUAGAGAAAGCCUGCACGCAGCAACGAAGACUCAACGCAGCGAAAAAAAGAAAAAAAAAAAGCCUAGAGGGCAGCAGGCAGGUAUCCUGGAGGAAGAGGGGAGAACAGCCUUUAAACUCCCAUCAGGUGAUGGGUGACCAGGGCGUCAGUGAUGUCAGGAGCUCGAGAGAAAGCAGCUCAGCCAAGGAAAGGGCAGCGGUGCAGGAGUCAAGGGUCCAAAACAGACCCUGGGCCUUGAACUUCCCAUCUCAGCGCAAAAGCGAGGUUAGACUAGAGUAUGCUUCGGGUCCAUUCUGCUCAGGGCUUGCUGAGGCUCUGAAGCUUGGGGAGAGGAGGGCUGGCUGGUGCUGCCCUAGAGGGCAGGGCUGUAGGGCAGACUAAGCAGAAGACAAAGGCCAACUUGCAGGACCCUCCUAGCUCAGAGAGGCUGUGAGAUGAGGAAAAGGGGACGGAAAGUGGGAAGAUGUUCCAUGACCCAGCUGGUCCUUGUAGCGGGGCCAGUGUCUCUCCCGUGAAGGCUGGCUUACCCGUUGCGGGGGCGUGUGGAUCAGGGCACGGUAGAAGCAGGUGGUCUGGGGAUACAGGGCCAGCACGAGCUGCUCCUUCUGGAAUAAGGCUUCGGGGUCUGUCUCCGGGUUGGCCUUCCACUGCGGCAGUGGGAUGAUCCGCCGGCGGCUCAGGGUGUGUCUCCUGGUGGGGGCGAGGGGGAGCUAAGGUCAACUCAUGGCCAGGUGGGGGCCCCAUCCCAGCAGCCUAGCUGCCCCCAGGCUUCCACAGCCCCCCCAUGAGCACACUCACUCUUUGCCUUCUUCAUCAAUGUCAUCUACCUCAUACCUGUGGGUAAACAAAAGGAAAGCGGUGGAUUCAGGGAGGUGCAUAGUCCAAGUCAGGGAGCCCCGAGGAGGCGGGGGAGGAGGGCAGGGAAGGGAAGUAGCCCAGGAGCCCACUUCACACACCAUCCCCACCGGCACCCAGGGGAAGCUGCUUUUCUCCCAUCUUGCAGACGGGUGAGAGUCGCAGCCCAAGUGGGUGUGGUGACGGGGGAAGAGCCCACAGGGCUGGGCGUCCACUCACUUGUUGGUGGCAUGGCUGUAACUGACCACCUCGGCCAGGAUCCACUGCUCAUCCCCAUCCACAGCCUUCACCCGGGCAGCCACCUUGUCUCCAGGUUUGGCCACAUAGUCCCCAGAAGCUGGAAUGGCCCCACACAGGGGCGGGGGCCUGAGGGUGGAAUAAAAUGUCACUUCCAGUCCCUUCCCUGCCAGCGCCCCCAGCCCCGGGCCCGCCCUCACUUGUCACCAGGCUUCCCGAUCCACAGGGGCAGGGUCAUGGCUGACUGCUGCAGCAGGGUCAUCAGCACCCCCCUGCGCAUGGUCUUCCGAGGGGGCUCCGAGUCAUUGUACAGGCCCGCGAUCUUGGCCGCUGUGGGAAAGAAGUGAGCCUUUGAGACACCAGGGACAGGGUUCCCGCCCCCAGGCCCACCCUAGCCUGCCUGCGUCGGGCUGGCAGAGCUCAGCCUGCAGCCCCACCGCCCAAGUUAGCACCAAGGGCCCAGGUGCCAUCCCGCCCCUUCCACCAGAUGCCCACAGUCAGACCGCCCAGAUGGUGAGACACCAGGAGGGUGGGUACCCUAGGGAGAGGGAACUAGAAAGGGCAAAAGCUGGGAUUCGGGGGUGCUGGUCACGUUCUAUUUCUUGAUCUGGGUGCUGGUUACAUCCGUUAUGUUCAGUUAGUGAAAGUUUCGGUGAGCUGUAUGUCCACUUACGUGUACUUUUCUAUGAAUAUAUGUUGUAAUUCAACAAAAAGUUUAAAAAACAAACUCUCAAAUGUGGACAGACCCCUGACCUCCUCAGGCAUGGUUCAACACACGCAGCCACUUCAUACAAACCCAGCUGGCAGUGUGACAGCAUUUUUGAUGGGUGAGGAGUUGCACACGGGGGGUUCACUGGGGCAAGAGAGGUGGCAAAGCCACAGCAGCCUGAGGGCUCUGGAAGCCAGUGCCUCGUGUAGGUAAACUCCAUGUGGAAGGCUGGCUUCAAGAUACCCAGGGUGCAGCUCUGGUUCUCCCCACAACAAGAAAUGGGAGUGGGUGGCAGUAGGAAGGAGGGAGGUGACUGACCCAGGCAGUAGAGGGAGCAGGGGAAUUGGCAUGGUCUGCAGGGAGCUCUGGGGAUGAUCCCCUUUCCCUUCCCCACCCCAGGCUGCACAGGCGCUUCUCUGUCAGAAGCCCCCGGAACAAUCCCACCAGGCUGAGGUCACAGGCUCCCCUACAGGGAGACCUGACUGCUGCUCUCAGGAACCCUCACUCCGCCUGGUCCAGGAAUGCCGGCCUGGUCGUCUCUAACUCACCAAUCCGCCUCUCUUCCAACAGAGACUUGAUUUCCGCAAUCUUAUCUAGGGCUUUCCGGAGGAUGCUGAGGGCAGGGAGAAGGGAGAGAAGAGGUCUGGAUGAAGCACAAAGCGCAGACUUCCUUUUCUCAUUACGGCAGGCUGGCUAGCUCAGACCAACCCUGAUGCUGGAAACCAUAAACCCUAAGCACGUGUUUUUUAAUCUUAAAAGCAUAAAAGAACUGAUGAGGCAAGAGGAAGUGGCAGGCCAAAAAACCUAAGAGGGUCCUGUAGAGGUAAGCAAAGCAGAGAGCUGCCCUGGCCGCAGUGCAUCCGACAAAUCCUGAAGAAGUGCUGCUGGGUGCCAGCAGGCUCUAACAACCUCUUGCGAUUCGGAGGACAGAAGUUAAAACUUGGGGUCUGCCCUAGUGGCACCUGUAAAAGAGACACUCCAGAGGACUGUGGGGAGUUGUCUCGGCUCAGAGCAGGGCUGGGGGUGGAGGGAACUCAUCCCUGAAAGACUGCAGCCCCAGGAAACCUCUGGAGUUCGAUUACGGGGGUUCCAGGGUGGCUGGGACCCAAGCAACCUGGCAGAAGUGCACACAGAUCCUUGUGGGAAGAAGGCUUCUUUAUCCUAGACCUUUGGGAACCUCCCCCAAAGGAUAUCUCAACAGCGAUAAGCAGCAGAGAAGCCACUUCAGGUCAUUUAUUCUCCAGCACAUUCCUCUCGCAAACCUUUAGUAAAUGCCCACGUGUUUCUGAAGGCCUUGGUUCAGACCCGUGAGAACACAGCACAGUAGUGUCACAGGAGGUGUCCCAGAGGGUGUGACUCUUGUGGACUCAUCAGGCAAAAGAAAGGCCAGAAGAUCGGGCAAGGGGCAGCCUUGGCAGAGGGAACUGCGCAAACCAAAGCAGGGGGGGAUGAACACCAUGCUCACAGGCUUGGAGCACUGAAGCUCAGCGUGGCUGGUAUCGGACGCCAGGAUGACUCAGCCAGAGCCACCUCGGGCUUGUGCGUGAGCACUGGUACACGGGGCAAUUAGGCUUCCAGGAAAGCAGAGGAGGAGUAAAAGCCAGCAGGCCAAAGGGAACUUGCAAAGUCUGAUCAUUGCUGCUGGGCCUGUUUGGAGGACAUCCUUUUACAUAGUAUGUCCUAAGCUGUAUUGUGUGAGAUAUUAAUGGAGUGGUUCUCAACCUAGCUGGACAUCAGAACGCCCUGGGGAGCUUUUUAAAAAGAAUCCCAAUUGCUUUAAGUAAGAAUCAUCAACAGAUGCCAAAACUAGUGGGUCUGAUGUGAAACGGGAUAUGUACACAGUCUCCAAGUAUCUCUCAUAAGAUACUUAUUAAUCACACAAUGGAAAACAGCAAUAACUUGACACAGGAGAAACCUGCAAGAGCCCGCCUUAACCAGUGGGAGUCUUCUGGCCUUGUAAUAUGAUGACGGAGGACGACAUCACUUCCAUGCUAUUACCUCCCAAAGCGUAACACCUGAAUCUAAUCGUGAGGAAACAUCAGACAAACCCAACUGAGGGCCAUUCUACACUGGCCUGUAAUCUUCAAAAUGUCAAGGUCAGGAAAAGCAAAGACAGCCUGGGAACCGUUCCAGAUUGGAAGAGACCAGAGAGACAUGAAAACGAAACACAGUGCUGAUCUGCACUAUAAAAAUGUUCUGUUCUUUUGCUAUAAAGGUCAUCAGUGGACAGUGAUGAGAUCUGAAUAAGAUGUGUAGAUCAGUUAAUAGUUUUAUAUCUGUAAUUUCCUGAUUUUGAGAAAUGUACUGUGGUUGUUUAAGAAUGUCCUGGUUUUUAGGAAAUGCUGACGGAUGCAUUUAGAGGUCAAGAGGCAUCAUGCGUCAUGUCUGCAACAUAAAUGAUUCAGAAAACAAAAGAUUGUAAAUACAUAUAUCUAUAGAGUGGUAAAGCACGUGUGGUAAAAAUACAUUUCCGUAAGUCUGAAAUUAUGUAGAAAGUUAACACCAAUGCAUGAACUCCACCCCAGUUAAAGCAGAACCUCUGGGCGCAGCCGGACUUGAGAACCAGUGUGUAAAUGUAUUCCACUGUCAAGUAAGUUUGUGAAAUACUGAGUUAAAGAAAUUGCUGUUGCAGAACCUGGCAGAGCCUUCAAUACUUUAAUACUGCAGCA